AUGCCGCGACCAUCGCGUGAACAAUGUGAACAAAAACCUCCGUAUUCGUACAUAAGUUUGACGGCUAUGGCAAUCUGGAGUAGUCCUGAGAAAAUGCUACCAUUGAGUGAUAUUUAUCGGUUUAUUACUGAUCGGUUCCCUUAUUACCGAAAGAAUACACAACGAUGGCAAAACUCAUUGCGUCAUAAUUUAAGUUUUAAUGAUUGUUUCAUCAAAGUUCCUCGACGUCCUGAUCGACCAGGAAAGGGCGCUUACUGGACGUUGCACCCGCAGGCAUUUGACAUGUUUGAGAAUGGAAGUUUAUUACGGAGGAGAAGACGAUUUAAAUUGAAAAAGAAUGAUAAAGAUGUGUUGAAUGAAGAAUUGGCAGCAUUGGCGAAUAUAAAUCGUUUCUUCCUUGCACAGCAACAGGGAAUUCAAGUGAAUGAUGGAUAUUAUCAAUCCUUGCCACCACCAGAACCUACGUUACCUCAGCAUCAAUUAGUCAAUUCCCCUAUCAGAAAUAUGAUUUCACCAACUACAACGAUUCCAAUUCCAAAGACGCGCAGACAAAAACAAGAUUUAAAGACGAAACCGAAAAAAGCUUUCACGAUUGAAAAUUUAUUGCGCAAGGAUAAAAGUCAAACAAAUAAUCAGAAUGAAAUUAUUGAUGUCGAUGAUAGUGAACCACUGGUGACAUCAAAUUCUACUUCGCCAUCACAUUCAUCCACAAUUUCUACGCCACAGCCAAAACUACCCCCAGCAUCAACAUUGUUGCCAGGUGCAAUUCCAUUCUUUCAAUAUCCUCACACAACAGCUGCUCUCAAUCAAAUGGGAUAUGAUUUACCAAUUCAUCCACUUUUGAUGAUGAACCCACUUCUUCCAUCAUCGUAUUUCCAACAUAAUUAUUAUCCACCAACCAGUCAGAAUCAGUUACAAUCGAACUUGCGAUUGGUUUGA